GCCGUCCGCCGUCUUGGUAAAUACCAAUCAUGCUCCUCGGCUCGUCGGUCCACGCUGGGAGUGAUCGCGCUGAGAAGCUACUUCGCUCCUUUCCUCGUUUGUUGCUACUGCUGUCUGUCACAAUUCAAGCAGCCAGAUAUCUGGAACCGCAAACCUCCAACAAACCAAACCACCAAAAAGCUACCAAAACCAAGCAACCAUGAGCGAACCAUUCAUCGGACAAGUUGUUUUGUUUGCGGGCAACUUUGCCCCUCGAAGCUGGGCGUUUUGCAAUGGCCAAUUGUUGGCCAUUUCACAAAACUCGGCCCUCUUUUCCAUUUUGGGAACCACCUAUGGCGGUGAUGGAAGAACCACCUUUGCGCUACCCGACCUUCGAGGACGAGUCCCCGUGAGCCAAGGAACGGGUCCUGGAUUGCCCCCUAUCUCUCUUGGUCAAAGGCGUGGCUCCAACACGGCGACUCUGACUGUCAACAACAUGCCGGCGCACAAUCACGGUGCCACGGGAAGCCUCGCCGACAAGCAAGCUUGCAGCAAGGCUGGAACUACCAAAUCCUUAAAGUACCAACCCGGUCCGGCGAAUGAAGGAAGUUGCCAGUUGCGCUACGAGCUGCAACCCGUCGGCCGAGAGACGUGUUACUUUGACAGUGCGUCGGAUGUCUUGACGGUUGUGGCGGACCACGCCACCGAUACGGGCCUGUGCGAUCAUAUUUUGGGAGAAUUGGUCAGUGACACUGUUGCCAUUACCAUUACCAACUCGGGCGGAAAUCAGGCGUUUAGUAUCGAGCAACCCGUGUUGGGCAUGAAUUACAUUAUCGCCACUCAGGGUAUCUUUCCCAGCCGCAAUUAGUUUGGUAUGCUUCUCUUUCUUCUUUCUAUUCGAAUGCCUCCACACACAAUCCAAAAGCAGUUCAACCCUCUUUCCAGCUUGCGUUGGGGAGUUGAGUUUAUUAAAAUUAACCUAUAUUCUAAACAAAACAAUUUAUAUUG